GCGGAUCUGGAAGGGGGCAGGAAGAGAGGAAGGCAGCCUGGCAGAGCGAGGCACACGGGUCAGUCGGAGCUCUGCGGUGGCCGCCGGAGAGGAGGGGGCCGCGGGGAGGGGCGGAGGGAAGAGCCCGGGGAAAGGUGUAGCCGAGGGGAGUUCCGGAUCUGGAGCUGGAAAGGGCAGGCAGCGGAGAGGGCGGCAGCCGUAGCGGUAGGGGUGGGGGAAAGAGGAGGAGGAGAGCCGGAGGAGGGGGAAGGAGGGAGGGGAGAGCGGUGGCGGCGGCUGCGCCGGGCUGUGAGUCUCUCGCCGCCGGAGGAAGAUGAGGCUGAAGAUUGGGUUCAUCUUACGCAGUUUGCUGGUGGUGGGAAGCUUCCUGGGGCUAGUGGUCCUCUGGUCUUCCCUGACCCCGCGGCCGGACGACCCAAGCCUGCUGAGCAGAAUGAGGGAAGACAGAGAUGUCAAUGACCCCAUGCCCAACCGAGGCGGCAAUGGACUAGUUCCUGGGGAGGACAGAUUCAAACCUGUGGUACCAUGGCCUCAUGUUGAAGGAGUAGAAGUGGACUUAGAGUCUAUUAGAAGAAAAAACAAGGCCAAAAAUGAACAAGAGCACCAUGCUGGAGGAGAUUCCCAGAAAGAUAUCAUGCAGAGGCAGUAUCUCACAUUUAAGCCUCAGACAUUCACCUACCAUGAUCCUGUGCUUCGCCCAGGGAUCCUCAGUAACUUUGAACCCAAAGAACCUGAGCCUCCUGGAGUGGUUGGUGGCCCCGGAGAGAAAGCCAAGCCAUUGGUUUUGGGACCAGAAUUCAAACAAGCAAUUCAAGCCAGCAUUAAAGAGUUUGGAUUUAACAUGGUGGCAAGUGACAUGAUCUCACUGGACCGCAGCGUCAAUGACUUACGCCAAGAAGAAUGCAAGUAUUGGCAUUAUGAUGAAAACUUGCUCACUUCGAGCGUUGUCAUUGUCUUCCAUAAUGAAGGAUGGUCAACCCUCAUGAGAACAGUCCACAGUGUAAUUAAAAGGACUCCAAGGAAAUAUUUAGCAGAAAUUGUGUUAAUUGACGAUUUCAGUAAUAAAGAGCACUUAAAAGAAAAACUGGAUGAAUAUAUUAAGCUGUGGAAUGGCCUAGUGAAGGUAUUUCGAAAUGAAAGAAGGGAAGGUUUAAUUCAAGCACGAAGUAUUGGUGCUCAGAAGGCUAAACUUGGACAGGUUUUGAUAUACCUUGAUGCCCACUGUGAGGUGGCAGUUAACUGGUAUGCACCACUUGUAGCUCCCAUAUCUAAGGACAGAACUACAUGUACUGUGCCUCUAAUAGAUUACAUAGAUGGGAAUGAUUAUUCCAUUGAACCACAGCAAGGUGGGGAUGAAGAUGGUUUUGCCAGAGGGGCCUGGGACUGGAGUUUACUAUGGAAACGUAUUCCUCUAAGCCACAAGGAAAAGGCCAAAAGAAAACAUAAAACUGAACCUUAUCGGUCCCCAGCCAUGGCUGGGGGAUUAUUUGCCAUUGAACGAGAGUUCUUCUUUGAAUUGGGUCUCUAUGAUCCAGGUCUCCAGAUUUGGGGUGGUGAAAACUUUGAGAUCUCAUACAAGAUAUGGCAGUGUGGUGGCAAAUUAUUAUUUGUUCCUUGUUCUCGUGUUGGACAUAUCUACCGUCUUGAGGGCUGGCAAGGAAAUCCUCCGCCCAUUUAUGUUGGGUCUUCUCCAACUCUGAAGAAUUAUGUUAGAGUUGUGGAGGUUUGGUGGGAUGAAUAUAAAGAUUACUUCUAUGCUAGUCGUCCUGAAUCGCAGGCAUUACCAUAUGGGGAUAUAUCGGAGCUGAAAAAAUUUCGAGAAGAUCACAACUGCAAAAGUUUUAAGUGGUUCAUGGAAGAAAUAGCUUAUGAUAUCACCUCACACUACCCUUUGCCACCCAAAAAUGUUGACUGGGGAGAAAUCAGAGGCUUUGAAACUGCUUACUGCAUUGAUAGCAUGGGAAAAACAAAUGGAGGCUUUGUUGAACUAGGACCCUGCCACAGGAUGGGAGGGAAUCAGCUUUUCAGAAUCAAUGAAGCAAAUCAACUCAUGCAGUAUGACCAGUGUUUGACAAAGGGGGCUGAUGGAUCAAAAGUUAUGAUUACACACUGUAAUCUAAAUGAAUUUAAGGAAUGGCAGUACUUCAAGAACCUGCACAGAUUUACUCAUAUUCCUUCAGGAAAGUGCUUAGAUCGCUCAGAGGUCCUGCAUCAAGUAUUCAUCUCCAAUUGUGACUCUGGUAAAACGACUCAAAAAUGGGAAAUGAAUAACAUCCAUAGUGUUUAGAAAGAAUAAAAGAAACCAAUAACCUACCUACUGACAAGUAAAUUUAUACAGGACUGAAAACCGCCUGAAACCUGCUGCAACUAUUGUUAUUAACUCUGUAUAGCUCCAAACCUGGAACCUCCUGAUCAGUUUGAAGGACAUUGAUAAACUGUGAUUUUACGAUAACAUUAUCAUCUGCAGUUACUGUUUACAAGACUGCUUUUACCUUAAACUUUGUAGAUGUUUACAUCUUUUUGUUGUGUUUUAAGAUGAUGUUGGUAAUUUGUGCCUUUAGCUCUGUUUUAUUAGACAGAGUUAAAGCAUGUUUAACUUCUUUGGGAUUACACUCAGGGGUCUGAAAGGCAGUUUGAUUUUUAUUUUUAACACACUUGAAAAAAGGUUGGAGUAGCCAGACUUUCAUAUAUAACUUGGUGAUUAUCAACCUGUUGUGUCUUUAUUUAAUUUUACAUCUUUUUGAAGCACUGCCACAGGUUAUUAGCCAAGGUGGCCUUCCUUCACAGUCAUGCUGCUUUUUUGAAAGGUGAAUUUCAACACAUUUAGUGCCUCUUUCAUUUCUCAGUAUAUAUUUCAAGAGCUUGUGAUGAAAUUUAUAGGAUGGUAAUGAUGGACUUGUCACCUGUAUGGGGAAUACUUUUAGUACUCAGAAAUGAAUUUAUGUGCUGCCAUUUGCUAUAAAGUUGAACGUUGUAUGGCUUGAAAAAGAAAUGACAAUAUGGAACAUCCCAAGGCUAUCCCAUAGGGUUGGAAGUUGUGUAGCAUUCACUCCCUUACCUACUGGCAUUCCCAGUGCCCUCUGUCCAUACCUGCUUCUAGGAUUGCAAAGGAGUCUUCCAACUAGAGAAAAAAUUGUCCACUGACAUUUGGGAUUUACUUUUCUCCAAUACCUGCCACUAUAGAAAACUAUUAUCAGAUGUUAUUGUUAUCCCUUGAAAGGGAGGGUGACAAAAACAACAAAACACCGUUAUAAACACAUCAAAAGUUCAUUCUGACUGAGGUAAGACUUUCCAAGCCCUUGUUAGAUUAGGCCUUAUAAAACUUGUGUGCAUUAUAACCUAAGCUGUGCAACCUGUGAAGCCAAGAGUGAACUGAUGUUUCGUUUAUAUUCAUCCAAAUGACAUUAUCUGCACAUUUUUAAAAUUUAAAAACAAAGGACUAUUUAAAAAUACAGUUUAUUAACAAAUGUGAACCACUUUCUGUUACAUUAGGUGUUCCCUAGUGUUUCUUAAUUUCUUUUUAGGAAGUGUAUUUUUAUUAGUAUUUUUCCGGUGAACAGAAGGUUUGUUUGGAUUUAAACAUUUACUAAGACAGUACCUAUUAGGAAAACCAAAUAUUGCAAAUGGUCAAUUCGAUUUUAAUUUCUCAAAAGAUACUCUGUUGUUAUCCAGAAGAUUAAAAUGCCUACAUUGAGUGCUAAAAACAAACAAACAAACAAACAAACAAAAAAAACUGUGAUGAUGUGAGCAGAAUGGCAAGUAAGUUAGGCAUUUUUGAUCCUGUAAUCAUGGUAUCAUUACAAUGAAAGGAAUUCACAAACUACUGCCAGAGGAAGUUUGUUUUUUAAUUUAAGAGGGAAAUAUAACCUAUAAAUUUGUUUCUUCCAAGCUUAGCUCUUAAAUUUGGAGAGUCAAAGUUAAACAUCCUCAACAGAGUUUUAUUUAUAAUUUUGAAUUGUCAAUUUGUAUUUUGCUACUGAUCUGUGAUCAACCAUUUUAACUUUCAUCUCUAGGGAUGUUUAACAUUUAUAAUUGCAAAAUAAACCAACUAUAAAAAAAGAAACUAAGAGAGAAUUGGUAUUUUAAUUACUUGUGUGUUUGCAGAUAGGCUCCAUUUUCCAUGUUGAGUAGAUUAUAACCUUAUUAACUAUGCAUAGGCCUAAGAAAGGUGGCAAUGAAUUGUGCAUGUAAAUUUUAAAUGGGUACUUUGUGCAAUUCGUUAAAAGAAGAUACUCUAUGAAUAUGAUUCUAUAUCUUGAAAUCAGAAAACCUACUAAACAAAAACAUCAGAAGCUGCUGCCAUAAUGACUAUUUUCUACUGUAGGCUGCUUUGGAAAUAAUUCCCAUAUCCUUGCUUUGUAAGUUGGUAAUAUCACUAUGCAUUUCUACACAUUUUAUAAAUUUGAUUUAUGCAGAUUUUGAUACACUGUAUGUUUCUGUAGAAAUUGUAUAAAUAUUCAAAAUUUUAUUAGGAUAAAUUUGAGAAACUUAUGUAUAUCUUAAUUCUGGGUUGCUUGUUUUUUAGGUGACAAAAAAUAAAAUAUUGUAUUUUAAUUCA